AUGAUAGGUGCAGAAUUUGCUAUUGCUGGUCUCUUAGGUACCCAACUAUUAGAAUCCAAAUAUUUAAUCAAAGAAGAUUUCUUAUUAGUCCAAAAAGUAAUCAGAAGUACUCUUCCAUAUCUAUAUUGGUCUAAGAGAGGAUAUGCCCAAUAUUGGUAUUAUUUCGAACAAGCCGCCAAGAAAUUCCCCCAAAAGAAGGCUAUUUCAUACACCAAACAAAUCAAACCUACCAAUGAGGCCCGAUUGGAUGAUGCGGGAUAUCCUAUUUAUGAUGAAUUGUUUCUGAUUGAAGAAUAUACAUAUCUGGAACUUUAUGAUAUGAUAUUGAGAAUGUCUUGGAUAUUGGUGAAUGAACAUGGUAUUACUCUGAAGGAUACAAUUGGGAUUAAUAGUACUAAUAAACCAUUAUUUUUGGUGUUAUGGUUUGCAUUAUGGAACAUUGGUGCAUUACCAUCUUUUAUCAAUUAUAAUACCAUGGAAAAACCAUUGAUUCAUUGUAUUAAAAUCGCGGAUAUUUCACAAAUAUUCAUUGAUCCCGAUUGUGCCAUCAAUAUCCAAGAAUCAGAACCCAAGAUCAAUGAAGAAUUACCUCAUGUUAAAUUAAACUACAUUAAUGAAUCCGAACUAUUUGCAAGAUUGAAAUCCAAAACCACUCCCAAACACCGUGCAGCUGAUAAGACCAGACGUCCAGAAAACACCGACUGUUCACCCGGAGUAUUGAUUUAUACAUCGGGGACUACGGGCUUACCAAAAGCCGGUAUCAUGUCUUGGAGAAAAGCAUUCAUGGCAGCUAUGUUUUUCGGAUAUAUCAUGAAAAUCGAUUCCCAAUCCAACGUAUUAACCGCCAUGCCAUUAUAUCAUGCCACUGCCGCCAUGUUGGCCAUAUGUCCCACGUUAUUGGUUGGUGGUUGUGUUACCCUUUCGGCGAAGUUUUCGUCAUCGACUUUUUGGACUCAGGCUAAAUUGAGUAAAUCGACACAUAUUCAAUAUGUGGGUGAGACUUGUCGAUAUUUGAUUAAUUCGAAAUAUCAUCCUGAUGAAACGAAACAUCAAGUGAGGAUUGCGUAUGGGAAUGGAUUACGUCGUGAUAUUUGGAAGCUGUUUAAAGAGAGGUUUAGGAUUGAAGCGGUGGGGGAAUUUUAUGCGGCGACGGAAUCGCCAAUUGCGACUACGAAUUUACAAUUUGGUGAUUUUGGAAUUGGAGCAUGUAGGAAAUUUGGAUCAUUUUUGAAUUUGUUAUUGUCUUUCCAACAAAGGAUUGUGAUGAUGGAUCCGGAAGAUGAGAAUGAGAUUUGGAGAGAUCCAAAGACUGGAUUUUGUAAAGUGGCGGCAAUUGAUAAACCGGGUGAAUUUAUUAUGAAGAUUUUAAAUCCUCAAAAAGUUGAAGAAACUUUCCAAGGAUAUUAUGGAAAUAAAGAAGCCACCAAUUCGAAAAUUUUACUCAAUGUUUUCAGAAAAGGUGAUGCUUGGUUUAGAUCUGGUGAUUUAUUAAAGAUGGAUAAACAUGGAUUACUAUAUUUCGUGGAUAGGUUAGGUGAUACGUUUAGAUGGAAAUCAGAAAAUGUGUCCGCUACUGAAGUUGAGAAUGAAUUAAUGGGUUCGGGGGUCAUAAAACAAUCAGUCGUGGUUGGGGUUCAAGUACCAAAACAUGAAGGUAGAGCUUGUUUCGCUGUUCUUGAACCACUUGAUGAUUUGUCGGAUCAGCAAGUGUUGAAGAAGGUUCAUGAACAUGUAAUGCAUUCAUUACCAAAUUAUGCCCAACCUCAAUUCAUUAAGAUUACUCCUGAGAUUGAAAGUAGUCAUAAUAAUAAGGUUCCAAAGAAUCAAUUCAAGAAACAGAAAUUACCAAAAGGUGAUGAUGGAUCUGAAUUGAUUUAUUGGUUGAAUGGGGAGAAGUAUGAAGAAUUAACUGAAGAAGCUUGGUAUAAUAUUUGUCAUGGGAAAGCUAAGUUGUAA